AUGGCAUCGUCCCGGUGGUGGCUCUAUGUACAGGCCGUCUUUUGGCGGUUCCUGAUGCGUAUUGGCAUGUUCUUUCAUGAUAUCAGUUUUCCUCGCCCACCUCGACCGUUGUUUACCCGCACCGUCACCUCCGACUCCCAUAACCAUCCCGUCGUCCUCCAUUUCUACUGUCCGCCAAACUAUCACGAGAAGCGACGGUUAGGUCAUCGCUUCCCCGUCGCAGUCAACUUCCACGGUGGAGGUUUCACUCUCGGUGCCGCCACCGAUGAUGCGCGGUGGGCGCGAGCAGUGCUAGACAAUGUGGGAGCUGUCAUGGUCAGUGUCAGCUACCGACGGGCCCCCGAACACCCUUUCCCCGCGGCCGUGGACGAUGGAGUCGAGGCGCUACUAUAUUUGGCAAGGCAUGCGGGCGAACUGGGCUUGGACGUGAGCAGGGUGGCGUUGAGCGGUUUCUCAGCAGGCGGCAACCUAGCCGUUACAGUGCCGUUGCGACUGCGCGGACGAGUGUCCUUGGAAGUGAAGGAAAACCUGGGUCGAGCAGAAUCAACACAUAAUUUGCUCAAUCAAGUCAGCGAUCUCAACAUCGUUGCGCUCUUCUGUUGGUAUCCUAUCUUGGACUUUGAAGAAUCUCGCGAUCACCGCCGGGCUAUGAGCCUCGUGCCGGACAAGACUCUCCCUGCCUUUUUCACCACCCUCUUCGAUGAAGCCUAUCUCCCUGACGUGGCCGAACGUGCUUCCCCAUAUGCUUCGCCUGUUCGUGCAUCAGAUCGGAUUUUGAACGAAGCUCUACCCCGCGACGUGUUCCUGUUCAUCUGCGAAUGGGACAUGUUGAUGAAGGAGGGUCAGUCCUUUGUUCGGCGCUUAGAGAGACUCGGCAAACGUCCUCGUGCCAUGCUUAUCGAGAAAGCCCGACACGGAUGGGACAAGUCACCCAAUCCAUGGCGGGACCAGAACAGUGUCGACAUCCUGUAUCGCGAUGCUUGCGCGGAUAUGAAGGCGAUUUUCGACCGGUGA